AUGGAGACGCCGAUGGAUUUUUGGGAGGGUCUGAUGGGUGAUGACCUUAUUCUCCCUGAGGACGUGGAACCAGAUCGGGCUGUAGUGGAGGGUGAAGGACGCACAAACGAGACAAUAUGCCUUGUAGGUGAUGGAGGGGUUGCAGCAGCUCACGAAGAAAAUGAUGCUUCCUCUACUGGAUCGUGUCCAGAUUUGGAGAUGGAGGUCCCUCCGCCUGUUUCUGUGCCGGAUGAGACUCACGGAGGUGCUAACGCUGCACCAGAGCCUGGUAACGAGUUGCUCGCAGCGUUUGAGAAAUUCUUGGCAUCAAGGGGCGAAGGUAGCCAAGUGCCUCAACCCCCUCAACCCGUGGUAGCGUCUGGGAGUGGAAUGUCAGUUAGUGAAAAAUGUCAAGACCAGACCACUGUGGUCGUUACAGCUAAGCUCAGACUCACCAUUGACUGUGGUGGGUAUGUGGGAUCUGGUGAUAAAGACCUUUUCGUUGGCAAGACUUUUGAGACUAGAAAUACAUUCAAGCAGCACAUGUCUUUGUACGAUAUCAAGAACAAAUUCGUUGACCGUAGUGCGAAAUCAGCACCUUCUGUUAUGGUGCUCGAGUGUAUUGGUCAGACAUGUACUUGGCGAGUUUAUGCGGUGCUAGUUAAGGGCUCAAGUAUGUAUGAGGUCCGUAAGAUUGGCGGUGAACAUAGUUGUAGUAUUGAUGAGCGAUCUGGGUACCAGAGACAAGCAACAUCGAGCGUCAUUGGGGAGAUGUUGAGACAGCAGUUCAGUGGAACUGGUGUGGGUCCGCGCCCAAGAGAGAUCAGACAGGUUAUGAGGGGAGACCAUGCUGUCAAUAUCUCAUACUGGAAGGCUUGGCGUUCGCGUGAGGUGGCUGUGGACAUCGCAAAGGGAUCUUGUGGUGCUUCUUACCAAAGCCUUCCCAACUAUCUACAGAGGCUGGUUGUGGCUAAUCCGGGGACCCUUGGCCAUAUACAUACCGAAUAUGUAGAGGAUGUGGGGCACCGCUUCAAAUAUAUGUUCCUAGCUAUGGGUGCAUGCGUGAAGGGUUUUCAGCAUAUGCGGAAGGUUGUGGUUAUAGAUGGUACACAUCUAAGAGGGAAGUAUGCUGGCUGUCUCUUAAUCGCUUCUGCGCAAGAUGGGAACUAUCAAAUCUUCCCACUAGCCUUUGCUAUAGUGGAUGGGGAGAAUGACAAGUCGUGGGAGUCGUUUUUCAAUAAGAUGUCAUCAUUCGUUCCUAACCAAGACGGUGUGGUGUUUGUAUCAGACAGACAUGCCUCAAUUUACCAAGGAUUGAGCAAGGUGUAUCCGCUAGCUGGUCAUUACGCGUGCAUCAUUCAUCUGAAGAGGAACAUCAAGACUCUGUUUAAGGAGAGGCAACUCGGUUAUCUCGUUUCGAAGGCAGCGAGAGCUUUUAGAAUGGGAGAGUUUUACACGGUCUUCAGUGAGAUUCGAUCCAUCAAUCAACAGUGUGCUGAUUACCUCGUUGACAUAGGUGUUGAACAUUGGACCAGAUCUCAUUUCCCUGGCGAGCGCUACAACAUCAUGACAAGCAAUCUGGCUGAGUCUUGGAAUUUGGUCCUUAGGGACGAAAGGGAGUAUCCGGUUAUCCUGCUGGUGGAGUUCAUACGAAAGAAGAUAAUGAGCUGGUUCACAUCACGACGUGAUGCUAUCAAAGAUGUGGAAGCUGGUUUGACACCAAAGGUUAGCAGUUUGCUUGCUGCGAACUUUGAGAUAUGUGGUGGAUAUGACGUAAGAAAGGCAGCGUAUGCAGAACAUGUUUUACCGCCUGUUGAGUUGGACAGCGGUCAUAGGUUGGCUGAUGAUGUUGCUUCAAUUACUCUCAACCCACCAGCUACGAGACGACCACCAGGGAGACCAAGAAAGAAGAGACUCUUCUCGCGUGAAGAAGUUAAGAUGAAGAAGAUACGCAGAAGGUAUUGCAGCCGUUGCAAGGGGCUAGGGCAUAAUCGUGCAACAAGAAAGCAAGCAAUAUAA